UGAAAUAAUCAAAUAAUGUAAGACGUCAUCCGCACAAGGCAUCCGCGAAAAAAUUUGUAACUGUCGCGUCCUAUAUCGGUAUUUUAUACACAAGUUCAGAUGAGUUAACCGGGGUGGGUGACAUAGCGCGCCUACCGUCCGGGGAUCAGCUGUUGUCGGCGCAUGUGCAGCUGGCGCGAGGGGGGCUCGGGGCAGGCGCUCCGCCAUUGACGCGGCCGCUCGCGAGGCAAUCGCACCGCACCGCGUCCUUCCCGCAUUUAUACGAAACUGUUCGGUGUCGAUGGACGCGCGCGUCCCCGGUGCGUAGUGAUCGCGCGUCGUACUCGCACGUACUGUUUAUCUGUUACCGGUGUAUAGUUAGCCGCUGUGUGCCCUACUGGGCUGAUCGCCAGCAUGGACGCGAUACUGGCAGCUCUCGUCGCUCUCAUGGCACUGGCCGCCGCGAUGGCCGCCGUGCUCAGUACACUCUCUAAGGCGGCGAUAUUCGUCAUCCUCGCUGUAGCGCCCUGCGUCUACCGAUAUAGGAGGCACAUUUACGUAUUUAUCAAGACUCUACCGAGAGACGCCAAGUUCCUAUGGCGUUACGCGCAGGGCAUGAUCCGCUCGAAGCGGUGGGGCCGGCAGGACAUGACUGUGGCCCAACUGUUCACCGAACGCGCUCUCAAGAACCCGGACGCUCCUUGCUUCAUCGUGGUGGGUGACCGCACCUGGACCUUUGGCGAGAUGGCCACAAACUCUAACAAGGUGGCUCGAGUGAUGCAAGAGCACCUGGGUCUAAAGCGCGGCGACGUGGUGUGCGUGUUCAUGCCGAACUGCGCGGAGUACGUGUGGACGUGGCUGGGCAUGGCCAAGCUCGGCGCCGUAUCCGCGCUCAUCAACAGCAACCUGCGCCACAAGCCGCUGCUGCACUGCAUACAGGUCGCCAAGGCUAAGGCCAUCGUCUUCUCCGAACACCUCGCUGAAGCGAUAUCUGAGAUCCGUGAGCAACUCCCGGAGGACAUGAAGCUGCUGCAGCUGUACGGCGUGUGUGCGCCGGGCGUGGUGGACCUGCGCGCGGAGAUGGCGCGCCAGCCCGCCGACUACCCGGACGUGGUGGACAAGCCGCGAUACAAGGACACGCUGCUCUACAUCUACACCUCGGGGACCACCGGCAUGCCCAAGGCCGCUGUACUGCCCAACUCCAAGUACCUGCUGGUGGUGGUGGCGACCGUCCACAUGCUGGGCCUGAACAGCAAGGACCGCAUGUACAACCCGCUGCCGCUGUACCACCUGGCGGGCGGCCUGGUGGGCACGGGCGCCGCGCUCGUCGACGGGAUCCCCUCCGUACUGCGCGCCAAGUUCUCCGCCUCCAACUACUGGACCGACUGCAUCAAAUAUGAUUGCACGGUCGCGCAGUACAUCGGAGAGAUGUGCCGCUACCUGCUGGCGCAGCCGGCGCGCGUGUCGGACGCGCAGCACCGCGUGCGCAUCAUGGUGGGCAACGGCAUGCGCUACGCCAUCUGGCAGCAGAUCGUCGACAGGUUCAAAGUGCCCCAGAUAAAUGAAAUCUAUGGAGCUACGGAGGGCAACGCCAACAUAAUAAACGUGGACAACACAGUGGGCGCGGUGGGCUUCCUGCCGACGCUGGUCCCGACGCGGCUGCACCCCAUCGCGCUGGUGAAGGCCGACGACACCGGCGCGCUGCUGCGCGGGCCCGACGGGUACUGCAUACGCUGCAAGCCCAAUGAGCCUGGAAUGUUCAUCGGGCUGAUUGCUCAGGGCAACGCCUCCAGAGAGUACUACGGAUACGUUGAUAAGAACGACAGCAACAAGAAGUUGAUCCGCGACGUGUUCUGCAAGGGCGACGCCGCCUUCGUGUCGGGCGACAUCCUGGUGGCGGACGAGCUGGGCUACCUGUACUUCCGCGACCGCACCGGCGACACCUACAAGUGGAAGGGGGAGAACGUGGCCUCCGCUGAGGUCGAGGACGCCAUCUCCACCAGCCUGGAGCAGAGGCCCUGUGUCGUCUAUGGAGUCUCUAUCCCGCAGCUGGAGGGUCGCGCGGGCAUGGCGGCCAUCGCGGACCCGUCCCGCUCGCUGCAGCUGAAGCGCCUCGCGCGGGACCUGGACGACUCGCUGCCCUCCUACGCGCGCCCGCUCUUCCUCAGGAUCAUGAACGACAUCGAGAUCACCAGCACGUUCAAGUUGAAGAAGCUGCAGUACCAGAAGGAAGGCUUCGACCCUGAAGUGAUCAAGGAGCCGCUGUACUUCCGCUCCGGCGACGACUUCGUGCCCGUCACGCCCGAGCUCUACACCAACAUCUGCAGCGGGAAGGUCAAGCUGUAGACACGCCGGCAGGCGGGCAGCGGCUGGCACCGACACCGCACCUACUGCUGUCUGUACUCAGCGCCGGACAAUACAUGUAAAUCAAUUUGUGAGAGUAUCCUUAAAACAUUCGGUAACGCUCAAGUCGAUAUCAUUCACCCAAUGUGAGACAAUCUCGAAAUUUCCGUACUCAGUAUGAAGUUAUGAACCUCCCUGGUAGGGAACGAGAGAAUGCCUGCAGGCAGCCUAUAGGUAGAUAGACCAAAACACAGAAUUAUGCACUAUUUACGCUAUUACGUUUCAUUGUGCUAAUUAUUAGAUAUUACUAUAGCCGGUUAGUUUAAAUUUACAUUUAUGUAUAGACUUCGUAAAUUGUUGUUCAAAACCAUUACUAGUUAAGGCAUCGGUGGGAGGGGUGUGGACACACUACCUUAGGUAAAUAAUAAUGGGUAACCUUGAAAAGAAUAUGAUAAUACCAUUAGGCUUAUUUUUUUAAUUGUAAUCAGUCCAACCUUGUUGUAAACAAGUGUGACGUAUGUGAGCGUGUGCGUGUGAGUGUGUGCGUGCCCGCGGUAAUAUUGUUUAGGCGUAGAGAACACUAGCUGUUGGUUCAGGCUCGUCACCCAGAUACAUAUAGCUCUACGACUCUUGCUUCAAAUCGAAACCUUCAUUCAUUCAGCUUAUUUCUUUAUAAAUCAUUAAACACAAAAUCAAUUUAGCAUUAAUUAUUAUACUGCUGGUUUUACAGAAAAAAUAAAACUGUUUAAAAAUAUUAUUGUAUGUAGCGUAUUAGAUGACAUUCCACCAUCUAGUCACAUAAGGUGUUCUAUUCGUUUAUCUUAACAUGUAUUUGAGUUCCUAAGUAUUGUUUUGGGCACUUUAAGUCCUAAUAUUAGCGAAGCAGAUACCAAAUAAUUUAAUAAAUACUUGGCAAGGAAUCGCGAUACGGUCUUGUAUUUAGAUUUUUGUGCCUUGUAACGAAAAUCGCUGCACAGUAGUGUAGACUAGGAAGACUUUGCAGUUUACUCCUAAACAAAAUUAUUACGUAAGUUGUAAAUAAUUAUAAUAAAUGAUUAAAAUGUCA